CCCCACCCUCCACCUUCACUCUCGUACCUUCAACCAAACCUCAAGAACAGAUCCAGCUCGUUUGUUCCGUUGGGAUACAUCGGAGAUGGAGGUUUAUCUCAAUAAACUUCCACCGGAUCUCACCGAUAAAAGCUUGAAAGAGCAGUUGGCGCCGUUUAUUCGAACCCUCGGCAUCAACACCUGGGCGUGCGAGAAGCCGCAUAAGAGACCUUUCGGAUUUAUCACCUUCUUGCAUAAACAUGAUGGACAGAAAUUUCUCUCUGUUCAUGGGACGAGGAACUCAUCCUUGACUCUUCUUGGAGGACGAAUCCUCUGCAAGGCAAGCGACAAGGCGCCGGACCCAUUCCGCCUCAAGAGCUUAGAGAAGGCAGUGGAAGACGAACGCGAAGCUCAAAAAGUCCCACCUGUUGCUCCCCAGGCAAAGGUAAUCUUUGCGACGAGACGCGUGACCUGUGGAUAUUACGAUUACAAGAGUGGGCAACUCACCUACUGUCCGGAGGUUCAGUGGGAAGCCAGCACUGGUUUCGCGAAAUUUCAAAAGCGUGCCAUUGUUGUUGAAUUUUCCGGACAAGGUGGCAAGAUACAGAUCCAGAUUCCAUAUCGAAUCGUCGAAGCUCUUGUUGUAUCGUCUGUCAAGUCGUCGUUGACACUCACCUUGUGGGAAGUGCCAAGCUUCUAUAAGAAUAUGGACGACGAACUUGAAGCCUUGUUGGCUGCCCUGAAUGUGAACCGGGCCAAGAUGGGGCCCUCCCGUCAUCGCUUAACUGAAAUACCGGGCGGCGACAAAUCUCACAAAGAAAUUGUCGGACAGGCACUCGUGUAUCAAUUUGAGCUUUCGCCCUACGACUUCAGUCUCAUGGUAGGCCGACUAAAGGCUCGAGGUGCCAUACCUAUCUAUCACCAUAACCUCCCAAUCUGUGAGCAACAUAGGCAGAGAAGUCUUGCAGAGGGUUUGCAAACAUUGAGAAAUGCAAUGGCCAAGCACAGCACUUCAGUGCCGUUUGGAUUGCUGUUUCAAUUAGAAGCAUUGGUAAAGAAUGGUUAUCUAUUACCGUGGAUUGUCCAAGCCCUUCUUGAAAGGUUAGCGAAGGAGUACAACACCAUGGCCAUGAAACAUGGCUUCGUCGUUUCGUCGGCAGCGAUCAAGAAACUUUUCUCCCAGAUACAAUUCCCAAGUGUCUACGUUGAUGCUUCGGAAUUUGAGGUUGACUGGCUUUAUGAAACCAUAUUGGCAAAUGAGAAGGAAAUCCAAGGAGGAGGUGGGGCCGUGCUGAUUUCCGAAAAGGGACGUCAAAACCUGACUAUGAUUCACAAGGUGAAUGUCACACCUAGUGGCAUCACUUUGUACGGACCGGAUCCCGAAUCUAAAAACCGCAUACUUCGACGCUUUUCGGAUUACACCGAAUACUUCAUAAGAGCUCAGUUCUGCGAUGAGGAUGGUACAGAUUUACAAUUCAAUCAGAAAGUCUCGAACGAGAAUAUCUACAAUCGGUUCAGGCAGGUUUUCAACAAGGGGAUUCAGGUUGGUGGUAAAGUAUUCGGAUUCCUUGGAUUCUCACAUUCUUCACUGCGCAGUCAUUCAGCGUGGUUUAUGUCUACAUUUUUUCACCAAGGGCAGCUUCAGGGUUAUUUCUCCGUGAUUGCGCAUUUGGGGAAAUUCGACAACAUCUAUUCACCAGCGCGGUGUGCCGCGAGGAUCGGACAAGCCUUCUCGGAGACUCCCAUGGCAAUAUCUUUGUCCGACAAUGGCAUCGCAAGCUUUGAGAUGAACGAUGUCCGGUCGAAGGAUGGCAAUCGCGUUUUCAGUGAUGGGGUUGGAACGAUUUCCUGGGAAGUUAUGGAAGCUAUUCAAGCUGCUUUACCAAAUCUCCGACAUGGACCAACUUGCUUCCAGAUACGUUGGGGGGGAGCGAAAGGAAUGCUUGCUCUUGACUCUCGCUUAGAGGGAGCCUGCAUGUACCUACGCCCUUCUAUGAUCAAGUUUGACAGCAAGGACACUGCAAAUUUGGAGAUUUGCGAUACGGCCAAAAGGCCAAUUCCAAUGGUUCUCAAUCGUCAGAUGAUCAAGAUCCUUGAAGACAUGGGCGUAUCGAACGAGUGGUUUCUACGCGAACAAUCAAUCGCUGUCCGAAAACUUCAACUUAUAACUGCUCACAUUGCCAACACAGUUGGCUUUCUCAAGCGAUUGAAGAUUGCGGAUAGGGUGGGAUUUCCUCAAUUCCUCCGGCGUCUAGACUCCAUCAAGAUAGAUUACCGGAAAGAUCAUUUUCUUGCUGCAGUGGUCGAGGCAGCCGUUCUUCGAGAGCUUCGACUUAUCAAGCAUAAAGCAAGGAUUCCGAUCUGUCAGGGUGUAACUCUGUUCGGUAUCAUGGAUGAGACCGGCUUUCUAAAUGAAGGGGAAGUCUUUAUUACUUUCGACCCUAACAAAUAUAUAGAUGGCGAGACUUAUAACCUGGGUGAACGACGAAUGAUCAUCACGAGGUCGCCUGCUCUUCACCCGGGUGAUAUCCAGCUUGCGAUCAACACAAUUCCACCAGAUGACUCGCCACUACACGACCUCCGGAAUUGUAUCAUUUUCUCACAGAAAGGCCAUCGGGAUCUUCCAAGUUGCCUGAGUGGAGGAGAUUUGGAUGGUGACAUUUAUGGGGUCAUUUGGGAUCGUGACGCCGUCCAACAAUGCAUAAGAGUGUUUCCACCCGCAGACUAUCCAAGGACAGAACCACUGAACAUUGGACGACCAGUGGAACAGAGUGACAUGACGGAUUUCUUUAUUCAGUUCAUGUCAACAGACCAGCUAGGACGUAUCGCGGUCCGCCAUAUGAUCCUAGCUGAUCAAAGGGAAGCAGGAACCGAUGAUCCAGACUGCAAGCUUUUGGCGGAAAUGCACUCAACUGGCGUGGAUUACUCAAAAACCGGAGUGCCCGUUAACAUGGACGAUUUUCGGAAGAUGAAAAUGAAUAAACUCCGGCCGGAUUUCCUGAUGCCUGCACCUGCGGCCACCAUUCGGCACCGGAGCGAGAUCAGCUUUGAUGAUCCAUCAGGUCCAGGCUCUCUCGAUGACGAUGAAGAAGGAUCUGGUCCAGUCUAUGAGUACUACUAUUCCGAGAAGAUCAAUGGAAUACUAUACCGAGGUAUCGACGAGAAGAAGAUUUGGUUUCAGGAUGUCCACCAACCGUCGCAAAAUUUUACCAACAUUUGGUUUGGCUUGCUCAAUUAUCUGAAAAGAAGUUGCAUGGACGUAGCAUGUGACUUACCGUGGUCUCAAUAUGUUCAGAAAGCCUGGACUAUUCGCGGCGUAUACGAGGAUGCGAUCUGGGGCGCAACACAGGAAUACUCCGAUCAUGCGAGGAUGGGCAUCACGGAGCUAGAAGUCUUCACUGGUGAGAUCUUCAACAAAACUGGGGUGCAAACUCGACGUCAGCGCGACAAGUCUAUCUUGUUGAAGGAUGAGUUUGAUCGCAUUUCGCAGUCAACUUCAGCCAUGAUACGGAAACAUGACGACGAAUCAGCAGGACCCACCGACGGUCUAGCUCUCAGCAUUGCCUGUUUGGAUGUUGGGAUCAAGAAGCCACGGAGGAAUUACGGACGUGAGCGUGAAGAAGGUGAUUUCCAGAGUUUCAAGGUUAUAGCGGCUUGUUGCGCCUUCCGAGAGUUGGAUAUAGUAACAAGCAUGCGGCCGGGGACAGAGGAGGACUACGUAUUUUGACGAAGUGAACGAAGGAUAACGGAUUGAGGAUCUUUGUGGUGCACAACGCGCAAGUAGCGACUUCCAUCACCUGCGCGUUUGCAUCUUCGUUGAUUAUGGACUGCUAGUCAUCAUCCAGACAUUUUUGCCAUUAUUUGGAACCGGCAAUGUCGCUUGAGCAUAGAUAGGGUAUCAUGCUGCUCAUGAAUGAAAUGAAACUUGUACACUAC